CCUCAAAAGGCACCUUUACUAUAUAAACAGAAAUGCCUGAUUAAAAUCAUUUAUUGGACAAUGUUACUGGAAAAUGGGAAAUAAACAAGAAACCUAUCUUCUCCUUUUUCUUUUCCUGAUCUUAGCUGCUUUAUCAUCUCAAGUCUAUUGUUUCUCUAGUGAUUUUUCAAUACUAGACAGACCAAAUGAGUUCAUAUCAGAUGGAAGAGUUUUCCAACUGUUCCAAGAAUGGAAACAGAAGCAUGGGAAAGUUUACAAGGAUGAGAAAGAGGGGGAAAUGAGGUUGGAGAAGUUUAGAAGGAGUGUGGAGUAUAUAGUGGAAAAGAACUCAAAGAGGAAGUCACCUUCAGACCAUUUGGUUGGUCUGACCAAUUUUGCUGAUAUGAGCAAUGAGGAGUUCAGGGAAGUUCAUGCUUCAAAGAUAAAGAUACCCUUUAACAAGAGACAGAUUAUUCAGAUGAAGAAUGUGGAAACAAAUCCAACUCCAAUUUCUUGUGAUGCUCCUCCUUCAAAGGAUUGGAGGAAACAUGGCGCUGUCACUGAGGUCAAGAACCAAUACCUAUGUGGAGCUUGCUGGGCAUUUUCAGCAUGUGGAGCCAUGGAGGGAAUAAAUGCAAUAGUUACUGGUGAACUUAUUAGCCUUUCUGUCCAACAACUUGUCAAUUGUGAUAAUUCAAGCAAUACCGGCUGUUAUGGUGGGUAUAUGGACCCUGCUUUUGAGUGGGUAAUCAAUAAUGGUGGCGUCAAUUCAGAAGUUGAUUAUCCAUACACAGUCUCUCAAGGCGCAUGCAAUAUCACCAAGGUGAACCAUAAGGUUGUAACAAUUGAUGGAUACCAAGAUGUUCCACCGGACGAAACUGCCCUUCUUUGUGCUGUUGCUCAACAACCUGUCAGUGUGGGCAUCGAUGCAACGAGUGCUGAUUUUCAACUAUAUAGAGGGGGAAUCUAUGAUGGAAGUUGCUCUAGUAGUCCAGAUGACUUAAGCCAUGGAGUACUGAUAGUAGGAUAUGGUUCUGAAGGAGAUGAUGACUACUGGAUAAUCAAGAAUUCAUGGGGUACAUCAUGGGGAAUGGAGGGGUAUGGAUAUAUAAGAAGAAAGAGUGAUUUGCCAUAUGGUGUUUGUGGCAUUAAUUCCAUGGCUUCUUAUCCGACGAAGGAGCUGUAUUCUGCACUAUCUCCUUAUCUGUCUCCGCCCGUUACACCACGUCCUCCACCAUCCCCUCCGCCCCCUCCACCACCUUCUGCACCAUUUCCUUAUCCGUCUCCAGCCGUUCCAUCAUCCCCU